AUGCUAAAUAAAGCCCAAGUGUCUAUGGCAAAGCUUAAAGCGUCCUCAAUAGAUAGAUUAAUGGUGGUACAUGGGAUUGAUUAUAAUUCUGAGACCACAAGUGCAGAAUACAUGAAAAUCAGCAGCCAUAUACGAAGCAUAAAGUCUCAUUUAUAUCUAAAAUUUAUGUGAAAGAUUCUUAUAUUUUUUACAAUUGCAGCCUCUUAUUAUUUUUUAAUAUAUUUUUAUAUGUACCCACGCUGCGAAAAUAUGAUGAUAAAACGACCUAAACUUUUGAACAACUAUAACUCUAAAAGAGUGCUGAUAUCAAGGCUAAAUAUUUUUGGAAGGGAAUGUAUGAGUCCUUAUAUGGGCUAUAACUUUAAAGAUUCCUAUGAUUUUCCGAAUGCUAAAACUAUGGUAGAUAAAACAUAUGAAUAUUUGGUACAAAAUAUCAAGGAAUUAAAAGAAGAUAAUUUUUCUAUUUUAAUGUCUCAAAAGCUGAAAGACCGUAUUUAUGCUAUAAUAUAUAACUUUAUUAAUUACAAUUAUCAAAAAUAUAAAAAAGGAAUUUAAUAAGGGUAGCUUAUAGUAGUAUAUAAAAGUACGAAUUCAUCUUUUGCGAUGCUGGAUUAUGGAAGUGAUGCUUCUGUUAUUAAUAUUAUUGAAGAAAUACAUGUGAUUUGCUUCAAAACCCCAAUGACUGGAACUGAGUAUUAUCCGUACAUAGCGAGGGUUAAUGCAGUUCAAGAUGAAAUUUUAGCUGAAUUUAAACUCGCUGAUCACGAUUCAAAAAAUAUUAUAAAUGAUCAAUUAACUCAGAUAAUGAAUACUACUAUAGUAUACUCAGUAGCUGUGCUUGUAUUAUUUUUCUUUUACUAUUGACCGUAUUUUAACAAUCAAAGGAAGCAAUUUGAUAGGUUUUCAGUGCUUCCAACGAUAUUAAUGAUGGAUCUUGAAUAG